AAUUGUCCAAACUAUGAAGAGCAGUCAAAUAAUCACUUCGCUAACAAUCUUGCAAUGUUAAUAUCUAUACCCUUUUUGGUGUUGACAAUCUUUGUGUAUGUCUUCAUACCGAAAUUGAGGAAUUUGCAUGGAAAAUGCCUUAUUUGCUACUUAUUUUCUUUAACGGUUGGUUAUAGUGUCCUGGUAACCAAUAACUAUUUCAGCAAACAAUAUAAUGAUUUCACUUGCAGUUUUGUAGGAUUCAUGGCUUAUUUCUUUUUUAUCGCGGCAUUUUUAUGGUUAAGUGUGAUAAGUUUUGAUCUCUGGCAUAAUUUCCGAGGCACCAGUUGCAAUGUUAACCGUUAUAUGCAAAACAAACGUUUUGUUAUUUAUUCUCUCUAUGCAUGGGGAAUUGCUGGGAUUCUCACUUUCGCAACCAUACAGGGUCAACUAUCAAGUAUCGAUAAUCAUAUUAAACCCGGAAUUGGCGACGAAUAUUGUUGGCUUAAAACCGAUGAUUGGUCAGCUAUGAUAUAUUUCUAUGGGCCGAUAAUGUUACUAAUUUUAUUUAAUGUGAUUAUGUUUAUACUGACUGCUACAAAAAUUUAUCAAGUUAAAAGGGACUUGGAGCGUAUUGUGGCUCGUGAAAAUGAUCAGAGGUGUUUGCGGUCAGAGAAAGAAAAUUUUGGUUUAUUCCUACGUUUAUUUAUUGUGAUGGGAAUUACUUGGAUGCUGGAAGUUAUGUCGUAUUUGGUAGGCUCUGACAACACUUGGUCCAUAUUUUUUUAUGUACCGGACUUUUGCAAUGCGGCGCAGGGAAUUAUAAUAUUUGUACUUUUUGUACUUAAGAAAAAAGUGAAAAAACUUAUUAAAAAGAGAAUAAAUGCAGCCGAAGAAGCAAAUCCUUUUUUGACAAACACCAAACGUAUAAAUUCGACAAGAAGCACCUCAAAGUCGCAAACAAGUGCCAUAUCACUCAUCAGAGUUAAUUCCAAUCGUUAGUUGCUAUAUGUACGCUUUCUUCAACUGCAAACAUAAAACCCCAAAUUCAUUAUCCUGUUAUCCUGUUGCGACUAUUCAACUCGACAUUAAUUGUAAACUUCAUUAAGCUUUUAAAAGUUAUAACGCCCGUCUCGUGUGAAGACCAAGUUUGGACCCAAAGUAUGCACUUAGCGCAUAAAGAAAUAAAAAUUAGUUUGUAUUUUAAAUAUAUAUGUUUCAUAGUAUUAUAUGUAGUUUAAUUUAUUUUUAAUACUCUUGAAGUAUUAUAUUUUAUAUUUUGUAACUAAAACUCUAAAUAUAUGUUUGUUGUUAAGAUUUCCUUAGUGUUUGUAUCGGCAUGCAUUUUGUAAAUGUAUUAUAUUGUAAAUUGUA